AGCUUCCAUUUUGGCUUUGGUGUUGAACGAGUCGAGUUUUUGCGAGCGCUCUGCCACACCUUCUUCCCCAUUUAUCAACUACUCUGCAACUCUAUCUCUCUUUCUCUCGCCGCCGCCGCCGCCGCCGUGAAGGAGGAGGAAGGAGAAUGGAGUCCACCGAGUCCUCAUACGUCUCGUCUCCGGAGGCACCUACGAAGCGAUCUCCACCGCCGCCAAAAUCUCCGAACUCAGAUAAUAUGGAAAAGGCUACAUAUAUUAGGUUUCUGGUAUCAAACGCUGCAGCUGGUUCUGUAAUUGGGAAAGGUGGUUCAACAAUUAAUGAUUUCCAGUCACAAUCUGGUGCACGAAUCCAGUUGUCAAGGAAUCAUGAAUUUUUCCCUGGAACCACUGAUAGGAUCAUUAUGGUAUCUGGAACAAUAAAUGAAAUACUGAAGGCCAUGGAACUCGUUCUUGCCAAGUUGUUGAGUGAGCUUCACGCUGAAGAAGUAGAUGAUGCUGAACCGAGAACAAAAGUGAGAUUAAUCGUUCCCCAUAGUUCAUGUGGUGCUAUAAUUGGCAAAGGAGGAUCCACUAUAAAGACAUUUAUUGAGGACUCGCAAGCUGGCAUUAAGAUAUCCCCACAAGAUAAUAACUAUAUGGGAUCCACUGAUAGGCUGGUGACGCUGUCUGGAACCAUAGAGGAACAGAUGCGAGCUACUGACUUGAUUGUCUCAAAGCUAUCUGAGGAUCCACAUUACACCCAGUCAAUGAAUUAUCCAUUUUCAUACCCGACAUCAUACAAUGCUAUGAACAAUGCUAUGAACUCCGGAUCCAACGGAGGAACUGGAGGGAGGUUUCAGAACAACAAGGAGGAACGGAAUAACUCCUUGACUAUUGGCGUUUCAGAUGGCCACAUCGGAUUAGUUGUUGGUCGUGGUGGAAGAAACAUACUGGAAAUUAGUCAGGCUAGUGGUGCCAGAAUUAAGAUAUCUGAUAGGGGAGAUUUCAUGUCCGGAACCACUGACAGGAAAGUAACGAUUACGGGGUCACAAAGAGCAAUCCGCGCUGCUGAAUCGAUGAUUCUGCAGAAAGUAGCAUAUGCUUCUGAGAGGGUUCUAGCACAGUGAUAGAAUGGCGAAAGCUCUGAAUGUUUGUAGAAGCAAGGCCGGGAGAUUUUCAGUUUUACCAUUGAGGGAGAGCAUGGCAAUGGCAAUGGAAAUGAGCGGAAAAAUAGAGUUAAGAUGUCCUGGUGCGUUGAGAGAGAUAACGCCAUAAUUUGAUUGAUGAGCCAAAUAGAAAGAUUAGCAGUGUCAAGUUGUUUAUACAAUUGUAGCCUUGAAUUUAUUUUAUAUUUAUGUUUUGAGCUUUAUCUCUAUUAUAUUGUUUGAACCUGCCUUCUCUUCACAACAGAUUGUAGCUUCUUAGGAUGUUCUAUUUUUAUUAAUUGGUGAAUUCUUUAGUCUUUAUGUUGGGGUUUGCUGAGAGAUUUUGUUCUUGUAUGUUCUGUUAGCAAUAACUAUCAUAUAUAUGCAUAUACCUCCCAUGUGGGCUUCUGGGCCA